UUGGUGCGAGCGCGGAUGUCAUCCAUAUAAUCAAAUCAACAUGGCCUAAGUAUAACAAAAACAUGAACAACGCAUUCACUUCGAUACCCCCCAGGUACAGGCUAGACUUAGGACUACAUUUCGUGUAAAUAAACUGUCUUAUGUAAAUAGACUAAAGUUGUACGAUGAUGAUGAUGAUGACACCUUUGAUUCAUAUAUACGUACUCACUCGUUUACAGAUGACAGCAAUGAGUAUUACACUCUCAUACUAGAGGAAAGGAUUUCCUCAGAUGACUUCGAGAUGCCACUAACGUUGAAAGAUGGCAAACCAAGAUGGGCACAAAUCAGGAAACAUACUAAAUUCGCCUGGCCAAAAUGUGCCGUACAAAAAAAGGAGACGUUCAAGGAGAUGCCGCACGGCAUGGUGACCGAGGAGCCGCAGGACGGCAUGGUGACCGAGGAGCCGCAGGACGGCAUGGUGACCGAGGAGCCGCAGGACGGCGAGGUCACCAAGGAGCCGCAGAACGGCAAGGUCACCAAGAAGAAGCAGAACGGCAAGGUCACCAAGAAGAAGCAGAACGCCAAUGUCACCAAGAAGAAGCAGAACGGCAAGGUCACCAAGAAGAAGCAGAACGCCAAUGUCACCAAGGAGCCGCAGGACGGCGAGGUCACCAAGGAGCCGCAGGACGGUGAGGAAAGCAUGGAUCUUGAUCUUGAUCUUGAUCUACACAUCGGUGACACUGUCGCCGUCGCCUAUGAACCAGACGACGGUUGGUUCAUAGGCGAGGUGAAAACUGUUGACGACACAACAGUCAAUAUCAGGUUCAUGGUGGCCAAAGAUGGCUUAUUCAGGAAGGAUUCGUCAAAGCCAGUCCCAGUGGACAGGGCAUUCAUUUUUGCAAUCGCCGACGUCGUUCCUAUGUCGUUUAAUAGUAGACAGCAUGUCGUUGUCAACUACGGGGACAUUUGCAUAAUGUACAAAACAUACUGCCGGAAAUACUUCUAAGACUUCAUUUGCAUAAUCAACGCUUGUUAUCCCUCUCUCUCUCUCACCCAGUCCUGUUAUAACUCAUGUUAAUGUUUUUUUAUUGUGCUCCAAUGAUGUAUAUGUAUGUGCUAUUGUGUAUUAUGCUGAAAUAUUGAAUAAAGUUUGAAAAAAAAUUAAAUAAAAUAAUCGACGAGGAAAAUGGACGACUACAAAUCAUUUGCAUAAUGUACCGACACUAUUGAUUGAAAUUCUAUACUUGCUCAUUUGCAUAACCAAUGAGGCAAUUGGAAACUAUUUGCAUUAAAGAUCAUUCUCCUUGACAUUUUUGCCCGAAAUAAUUUGGUUGCUAUGAAAACUUCAUUUGCAUAAUCGACGAAAAUGGAAAACUGUAAAAUGCAAAUCAUUUGCAUAAUAAGCCUACAUUUUGCCCGAAAUACUUUAGUUGCUGUUAAUACUUCAUUUGCAUAAUCAACCAGGUAAAUGGAAAAACUACAGGCUAUUUGUAUAAAAAAAAGUAUUUGACGAAUCCUUCCUGAAUAUUCAUGUUAUGUUUAGGCCACAGUGUUGUUAGGUGUUGAUAUGUGAUACUAUGUUUAGGAUAAGACUGUUGGAUAUUCACAUGUGAUACUAUAUUUAGGCUAAAACUGUUAGAUUUUGACAUGUGAUAUAUUAUAAAGUUGUUAGAUUUUGACAUGUGAUACUGCUAGUACGUUUAGACCAAGACUGUACGAUAUUCACAUGUGAUACUAUAUUUAGGCUAAAGUUGUUAGAUUUUGACAUGUGAUAUAAAAUUAUUAGAUUUUGACAUGUGAUACUACUAGUAUGUUUAGUCUAGAAUUGUAAGAUAUUCACAUGUGAUACUAUAUUUAGGAUAAGAUUGUUAGGUAUUGAUGUGUGAUAUAAUGUUUAGGCUAAGACUGUUCAAUAUUGACAUGUGAUAUUAGACUAUAUAAUUGUCAUGUCAUGUUACAGUUUGCCAUGUUAUAUACGCUAUCGUGAUCAUAUAUUUCCGGCUUGUCCCGAAACUGCAGUCAGGCCAGGGUCUUCUAUGUUUGAUAUGAUAUGUUAACGUACUGUAACAGUGGGGGGUUGAAGUAGUGCUAACUGACUAUGCCAAACGCCUGUCAGGCUUUUGGCUCAGUCAUUUAGGCUGCUAGCGUUGUGAUCCUGAGGACCCGGGUUCGAUUCUCGGGUCGCUCAGGAUAUUUGUAUAUAUUGUUUAUUUCUGUUCUACUCGCCCCUCUGACUUCGUACAGUGCAUCCUUGUCGAACCCGACAAUUAGUUACCUUACAAUAAAUGUGAUGCGAAAAAUGGAAUUUGAACACGUCUGGCAUUUCACUUUUCCAAAGGUGUAAGUAGGAUGCAUGACUUCAUACAAUCUGACAAUAUAUAAAGGUAAAAUGUUACCUGAAUCAAAAGCCAUCAGCAUCUCAGGUUGCGUCACUUCCAACUUUUUACUUUCUUCAAAUCAGCAACUUAUCAUAUGUAAAAACAGUUCAUUUCAG